AUGAAAACCACGAUAAUUUUAGGGACAUUGAUCACUUUUUUAACGCUCGUUUGCGCGGAUCAUGAAACUUUAGUUCUAAUAGAUAACUUAAAUAUCAAAGAAACGCAUUCACAAUUCUUCAAAUCAUUACAAGAACGCGGCUAUGGCUUAACAUUCAAACUUGCGGAUGAUGCAAAUCUGGUCCUGUCAAAAUACGGAGAAUAUUUAUACAAGAAUCUCAUAGUAUUCGCUCCUUCCGUGCUCGAGUUUGGUGGACAGGUAGACAGUGAGGCCAUAACCAAAUUCAUAGACGAUGGCGGAAACCUUCUUAUGGCUGGUAACGCCGCGGCCGGAGACGUAUAUAGAGAAAUCGCUUCAGAAUGUGGAUUUGAGAUGGACGAGGAAUCUGCAGCAGUCAUAGACCACUUCAACUAUGAUGUGACUGAUGAGGGAGACCACACUCGCAUUGUAGUAUCACCUAAGAACCUAAUCAAGGCUCCCACAAUUGUAGGAGAACAGAAUACACAGCCUCUGCUAUUUGAAGGCACUGGACUUAUUGUGGACAAGGAUAACAGCUUGGUUUUGCCUAUUCUAUCAGCUGAUUCGACUGCCUACAGUUACAACCCUAAGAGUCAGGUGAAAGAGUACCCCCAUGCAGUUGGCCGUAAGACAGUACUGAUUGCAGCUCUGCAAGCAAGAAACAAUGCUCGUAUUGUUUUCAGUGGAUCGUUAUUCUUCUUCUCUGAUGAGGCCUUCAAUUCUCCUGUUACAAAAGUACAUGGUGACAAAACAAAGUCAGAUGUAUCAGGCAACAAGAUUCUCGCGAUUCGCCUUACUGAAUGGGUGUUUGGUGAGCGUGGGCGUUUACGCGUGCGCAAUGUCGACCAUCACAGACAAGGAGAGAAGGAACCGUCCAGUGCCUAUACCAUUACAGACACUGUUGUAUACAGAAUUGAAAUUGAAGAGCUAAAGAAUGGCAAAUGGCAGCCUUUCGAAGCAAACGAUGUGCAGCUAGAGUUUGUGCGAAUCGACCCUUUUAUACGCACAACUUUACAAAAGAAACCCAAUGGCGUCUAUGAGGCUGUCUUCAAAGUUCCAGAUGUCUGGGGUGUUUAUCAGUUCAAAGUGGAUUACGACAGGGUCGGGUAUACAAGACUUUAUCACUCAACACAGGUGUCAGUCCGCCCACUACAACACACACAAUAUGAGCGCUUCAUACCGAGCGCCUACCCAUACUACGUUAGUUCGUUCUCAAUGAUGAUCGGAGUGUUCUUAUUUUCAUUUGUUUUCCUGUAUUACAAAGAGGAUCAACCUAAAACGAAGAGCGAGUAA